AUGUCCAGCCUCCCCUCUCACUACCACCCGAGCUUUGCUCCCAAUGUGAAUUAUGACUCAAACUACAGUGACAAGCAAGUCAUCUCCAUUUUCACUGAUGGAUCCAAAUCUGACCAAGGUGUUGGGAGUGCCUUCGUAGUAAAUAAUGGUCAGCAUUGCCUUCAGCAGUGGUCCAGAAAACUGGCCUCGCACUGCACCAAUAACCAGGCGGAGUCACUGGCAAUUCAACACGCCAUUAACUGGAUUGUGAAUGCUCAUCAUAAUUGGCCCAACUACAGCUUUCACAUAUUUAGUGACAGUAGGGUUGCCCUGCAACAAAUUGCCAAAAUCAACUCCAAACUACCUAUCAUCAAGAAUUGUAUUAGUAAUCUUCAGGAUCUUACAAACUUAAACAUAAGGGUCUACCUUCACUGGACUAAGGGACAUGCUGGGAACGAGAGGGCUGACCUUCUCACCCGUGGUGCUCCUUUAAAGACUUCCAGCCACUCCUACGAUAAAGUCAGUAAAAAGCUCCUGAGUAGUCUUAUCCAUAAAAUUAUGCUAAAUACCUGGAAAAUCAGGUGGGACAAUGGUGAUACGAGUAGACUUACACACAGCUUUUUCCCCUGUCCCACAGACAACGUAUUUAAUCCUUUACUUCCAAGCUUUCAGCUUACACAGCUUCUCACCGGGCAUGGAAAUCUUAACACAUAUCUCAAACGUUUCCUUGAUAAAACUGAUGGUAUGUGCAACUGCAGCAUGAAUGAAGAAGAAGAACCCAACCACAUCAUUUUCCACUGCCCACAGUAUGCCAGGCAACGUAAGAAGCUUUCUGAUACUGUCAUAGACAAUGGCUUCCAUUGGCCAUGUAUGUUAAAAGACUUCACCAGUGAAAAGAAAAUCUUCGUUGCUCUUAAAAACUUUGCCACGGAGAUCAAGAAACUGGAUUAG